AUGGCUCCCUCGCCCGCGCCCCACGACAGAUCCUCAUUCGCUUCCGACCUGCCGCCCCCUUCGCUACCGGCCAAAUCCGCCUCAGCAUCCAUGCCCUCCCCAUCAGCACAACGCAGCGCGCCAUCUGCGCCUGCGGGCACUCCCAGCACGACAGCACACCGAUCAGCCAGCGGCAGCCCCAAGGGAACUGCCGGUACCAGAUCUUCUCCUCUCAGCGGAAGCUCGAGGCCCUCCAACCCACCCCCGAAGAUCGUCGUCAAGAAAGAGCCCGGUUCUCCAGAGAUGCCUGCCACGGCUAGGCAUCGACCGCGCAAGCUGGAUCUGUCCAAGGGAUCUCACCCUGGCUCCAACCAACCCGGCACUGCUCGUCCUCUGACCGCGCGAGAUGGUCUCGGUAUCCAGGAGGUUGGCAUCGCUUGCCUUUCGCCAGGUUUUGUCACGAAAGAUCCUCUGAUGAAAGAGCAGCUCCAGCGCAGCAUGAGCGUAAGGGACCAGCAGCGUCAUCUCAUCGAGCAGAGAUUGCACCAGCAGCAGUCGGCAAAGGGAGAUGGUCCUGACACUGCCGGUCGUGAGCCUCCAGCGUCGGCAUUUGCCGCCAAAACUCCCGGCAUGUCGCGUCGCAACAAGGCACCACCUGGAUUGUCCAUCAUGGCACCAGCUGCAGAGAGCUUUGCCAAUGAACGAGUGAUUCAAUCCGCCCCUCUGGGUCAAACCUUCACCGGCCGCCACAACCCGCAUCCUCUGACCCGCCACAUCACAAACCAGCCGUCGACACUGUCAAAUACCUCUCACAUCCACCAUGUCCCGGCGAACCAGACGUCCAACCGCCUGCCGCCCAUCGCCGAUGUAUUCGGUCAGGGGCUUUCUGGCCACCCAGACAACGCACCCGCCUCCAUGUAUGCUGGAAACGGCCGCGCACCGCUCACAUCCCCGAGCCACCCACCACCGAACAUGCAACAUCAAGCUCCCACCCCUGGACGUCCAAGGGAAUACAAGUCGGCUGAGGAGGCUCAAGCUGAACUCGCUGGAGGCAGGGCGGAGUUGUUGCCGAAAAUCGUUCACUACGGAGGUCCCCAGCCACCGACCCCGCCUUCCCCCCUUCCUGGUAGCCGCGCCGCGGAAGCCAGCCGGAGCGCCAGUCGGAGGAGAACAAGAGCCGAGUACGAAGAUGGGUGCUAG